AUGUCCGGUUCUUGGGACCGAUCUACCUCACCACUUCACACCCUACGCACGCCACAUGCUCUCCGUAGAGUCGCUUGGAGACCUGAACACGAAACUGAACUUCUAGUCCUUCCUCUCAAUCAACCUUUUGGUACCUCGACUCCCACUCCCGGAUCACUGGAUCUUUUCACUUCCGACGAUGACGGUCAUUUUGAGAUCUGGGACGUGAGAAGACACUACGUUGCCAAAUAUGCGAUUCCUUCUGCCGCUGGUAAUGCCGUCGACGCCGCAUGGGCUGAUGACGGUACGUUUGUUGCUUGCUUUCAAGCUGGAGGUUUUGCGCAGUGCAACCUAGCGGAGAAGGCUGUCCCUCUUGAACAAGUAGCAAGGCAGGUGAUGGCGUGGAGCCCGAGAGGAGAUUUGGCGUAUGCCGUUGAUCAGUUCAGACAAGGAGAGAUACCCUUUGAUGAUUUGAGACCCGGUUAUUUCAAUCACUUGGACAAGGUUGGACAAAGCAACAAAAGUAUUUCCAGCGCACCUUACGAACCUCUUCAAGCUGCAGGCACAUUACGGGAUAUUGGGACGGAUGAAAUGGCUUUCGAGUACAUGGCAUAUCAAUAUAAAGUGGAAGGCGAUGCUCCUGAAAAUUUAUGCGAUUGGAAUCGUCAAGUUGCCCAAUAUUGCGGACAUGAAGCCGAUGCUGGACUCUGGGCAUUCCUCCAAAACCUUAUCGAAGAGUUUUCUCCCUCAUCUGAUGGUCAAAUCUUCAACGAAGCCAUAUUCACAAACUCUCUCCGCGGCGGACCAUCACCGUUGACUCCGGAUGCUUCUCCAAGAAGAAAAUUGAAUAAUUUAUCCUUAAAGGAUACUUUGGGCACUCUUCCACUUUCACCAGCGUCACCCAUCACGAUCACGUUGGAGAGAAUCGAGGAGGCCGAUCAGUCCCAAGAAGCAGUCGAAGAGAUGCUCAGCUCAUCUCCCUCUUCCUCCAGCGACUCUUCCUCCGCUGUUUCGAGAUCACACUCGACAAACAGAUUCAUCAACUUCUUGCCUCCCGAACUCUCUCAAUAUUCCUCCACAUCCGUCCUGACCUCCUCACAGAUCAGGGAUUCCACUCGUCCCGGCUCUUUACUUGCACAAAUGAACAAUCAUCCCAAAGAUAUAUCACCACCCUCAGACGAUGACACACCGAGUCCGAAACCUCAGCCAAUGAGUAUGAGUAGAAUCUUGAAUGAUUAUCCGGAUCCUUAUGGUAUUCUCCCCGCUGCCCCAUCCAGAGGAGCUAGUUCGCAGGCUACUCCGACUCUACGUUCUGAAACGCAAAAUCUGAGAAGUGCCCAGAUGAGAGGUGUCUCCAGACCAUCCUUGGUGACGUCUUCUCAUAAAGGAGGUAGUCAGGAAAGGAGGAAAGAGGUGAGGAUGGUUCCUAUGGCGAAAGAGAAUGAGAAAGAGGAAGACCAUGUAUGGGACAAGUACCGGGAAAAAAGAUGUGCUACUUUGGUCGAGUGGUGGUUAUCUCAUGUGGAUCAUGGAGACAUUCAACUAGCCACGACCAUCUUCAUCGUUGGCUCGUGUGCGGUCGACUUUCCUCGUCAACAAUGUGAACGUCUCGUCCAUGCGUAUGUCGACCUUCUGGAACGAUACAAACUUUUCCUUCCCGCCUCCUACAUCCGCCAAUAUGCGGGUUUUGACACUCUCCACGUCACGCCCUUCGACGAGGGGAUGACUCAUAUCCUCUUCUGUCAACGUUGUCAAAGACCUACUGGCUCGCUUGAAGAUAUAGAUGUGAAAGGGAAGAAGUUCUGGUGGUGUAAGAGAUGUAAGCUUGCAGCACAACAUUGUGCAGUGUGUCACGAAUCAGUCAAGGGAUUACGAUUGGGUUGUAAUAAGUGUCAUCAUGGUGGACAUCAAAGUUGUAUGAGGCGAUAUUAUCUCAAAGCUGAAUCACAACCUCAACCUAAAGCACCUCCAGUUUCCUUCCCACAACUCGGCACCCAACGUUUCACUCCUGACGACCAACCUUCCGGUUCUCGUGUCACAUUGUCUGUAUCUGUCACCACCACGGCUACUACCACUACUCGUAGUUCUGAGGGUAAAUCUGGAUCAGGGGAAAUCACAAUGACUUUAUGUCCUGCUGGUUGUGGAUGCAAAUGUAGGAUUGUAGUGCGACCUCUUGAGCCGGGUUGAAGGGGUAUGGAUCAUUUUGACAUCCAUCACGCACUUUCUCGGUUUAUGAUCUAUACAGUCAUUCAAUUGGCAUAAUUUGCAUCUGCGUUGAGUACGAGUAGUGAGAUUAGUCGUUAUGCAUAUUCAAUAUCUUGAGUUUC